UCACGGAUACAGCCCAAGUCUGUAAUUUAUUUGAAAAUUAAUGACAACCACAGUGCUUCUCGAUUCUUCCGCUUCAAUAUCUUCGUGGUGAAGUUCAUUGCAUCUGUGUAGUUUAGUAUAUACUGUAUACAGAGGACGGCAGGUUCAGCAGAAGUAAAUAUUAAUAUGUCUGAUUGUGAAGUUGAUUUCAUGUGUGAAGAAGAGGAGGACUAUGGCUUGGAAUACUCCGAAGACAGCAACUCCGAGCCAGAUGUCGAUCUUGAGAAUCAAUACUACAAUUCGAAAGCAUUGAAAGAAGAUGAUCCAAAAGCAGCCCUUGCUUCGUUUCAGAAAGUACUUGAUCUUGAGGGCGGAGAAAAAGGAGAGUGGGGGUUUAAGGCCCUUAAACAGAUGAUUAAAAUAAACUUCAAAUUGGGAAACUACAAGGAAAUGAUGGCACGAUACAAACAACUUCUAACGUACAUAAAGAGUGCAGUCACUAGGAAUCAUAGUGAGAAGUCAAUCAAUUCUAUUUUGGAUUAUAUUUCCACAUCCAAAAACAUGGAAUUGCUACAAGACUUCUAUGAGACAACUUUGGAUGCCCUGAAAGAUGCCAAGAAUGACAGACUCUGGUUCAAGACAAACACAAAGCUGGGAAAACUCUACUUCGAUCGUUCAGACUUCAACAAACUUGCCAAAAUACUAAAGCAGCUGCAUCAAUCUUGUCAGACAGAUGAAGGUGAGGAUGACUUGAAGAAGGGUACACAGCUCUUGGAAAUUUAUGCACUGGAAAUUCAAAUGUACACUGCCCAGAAGAAUAACAAAAAACUAAAGACGUUGUAUGAACAGUCAUUGCACAUAAAAUCUGCCAUUCCCCAUCCACUGAUCAUGGGUGUCAUAAGAGAAUGUGGGGGUAAAAUGCAUCUGAGAGAAGGAGAGUUUGAGAAAGCACACACAGACUUCUUUGAAGCUUUCAAGAAUUAUGAUGAAUCGGGCAGUCCACGUCGUACUACAUGUCUAAAGUACUUAGUGCUAGCAAACAUGCUUAUGAAAUCUGGAAUUAAUCCUUUUGACUCCCAAGAGGCAAAGCCUUAUAAAAAUGACCCCGAAAUAUUAGCAAUGACCAAUUUAGUUUCUGCAUACCAAAAUAAUGAUAUCAAUGAAUUUGAGACCAUCCUCAAACAGAAUAGACGGAACAUAAUGGAUGAUCCAUUUAUCCGAGAGCACAUUGAAGAUCUGUUACGGAAUAUAAGAACACAAGUACUUAUUAAGCUCAUCACACCAUACACACGAAUUCACAUCCCUUUUAUCUCUAAAGAGCUGAAUAUUGAUGCAAGUGAAGUUGAGAGCCUACUGGUGUCCUGCAUUCUGGACAGCACCAUCCGUGGUCGCAUAGAUCAGGUAAACCAGGUUUUGGAGCUGGACAAGCAGUCACUCUGUGCUACGAGGUACUAUGCACUGGACAAGUGGACAUCGCAGCUUGCAACCCUACAUGUGGCAGUUGUCAACAAAAUGGCGUAGGAACUACACAGUUUCUCCUUCCCUCCAUCCAGAUGUUUCCUCUGUGUGAAACUCAAAUACAGAGCUGAAGUCUUCAUAUC